ACAAUGCAUCUGGGCUUGUCAUCAGGCUAGGUUGAGGUGAAGUGUAACAGAACUUGUCUCUCUCCCUCAAGUCACGUACAGUUUUAUUUUGCACCCUUCAUCUCCAAUGCUAAUGCUCCGAUAGGCAGCAAUUUUUUUUAAAGCAUCGCAAGAUAAUUAUUUUUAUAGCAAUGGCAUUUUUUAACAUUCAAACCUUGCUGGAAGCAGCUGAGUACAUCGAGAGGCGAGAGAGAGAAGCAGAACAUGGUUACGCGUCGACGUUGCCUUGCGAUGUCGAAUUCAACAGGAAGAAAGCCAAAACGAAGAAAACCCCAAAUAACAGGUCCUCGCAUAAUGAGUUGGAAAAGCACAGACGAGCCAAGCUGCGGCUCUACCUCGAGCAGCUGAAGGAGUUGGUUCCGCUGGGACCCGACUGCUCCAGACACACCACACUCAGCCUGUUGAAACGAGCGAGGACUCACAUCAAGAAGUUGGAGGAACAGGACCGGAAGGCGUUGCACCAGAAGGAGCAGUUACAGAGAGAGCGUCGUUACCUGCGUCGCCGCCUCGAGCAGUUGGCCGUGCAGGGCCUGGAGCGGCUGCGAACGGACAGUCUGGGCUCCACCGUCUCCACCGACCGCUCCGACUCUGAGCAAGAGGCGGACGUGGACAUUGAGGGCAUGGAGUUUGUCCCAGGAGAGCUGGACAGCGUGGGCAGCGUCAGUGACGCCGAUGACCACUACAGUUUCCGGAGUAGCUCCAGCGACAGCGGCUACGCAGACUCACGUACCAUCACCCCACGGCUCUCGUAGUGGCAGGGGGCGGCGAGGCCGCACGUGGCACUUAUAGAGCAGAAUCUACCCUCUUGCCCCAGGGUUAAACUGCACUCUCACACUCUCCAUCACCAGCUCCCGCCUUGCUCCUACCCUCACACACUUCCUUGCAAGACCCUGACUGGAUGGGCGGACCAGACUGGAUCCCCAAAAUUCCUGAGUGAGUGCUUGUCCAACCCAUCCUCUGCUGGACCGGACCCCACCCCACCUCACUCCCGGAGUGGAGUGUACGGGACCGGACCCCACCCCCACUCCCAGAGUAGAUACUGCUCACACCCCCACCCCUGGACUUGGAUCCCAGGACCCACCCCCUGCUCCAGGCCCCUGUUGGGUUCUAGUCUGUGCCUGGCUUAGUUUGGGGUUGUAAGGAAGGUAGGGGUGGUAUCAGCAAUAAUCCGGGACGAGUUGGAGAUGUGAUAGUGGGUGAAGAGCCAGCUCUAAUGAUUAGCCUCACAAGUAGAGCUUUGAUUUUCUUGAAGUUUCUUUCUUUGAGUCCAAACUGUGGAGACCCCACGAUAAAAGUUACAGUGGGCCCAUCUUGUCCCUGGCUGAGGUGUCCCCAGGCACACAGUGUAUGGGGCAACAGCCUGCCACCUCUCCCAAUCACAUAUCCUAAUUCCCAGCCUCCCGGGAGCAGUAACACAAGAUGCACGAGGAACGCAGCGUUUAUGGAGGGGAAUAAACUGAUAAGACCAUAAGACAUAGGAGCAGAUUUAGGCCUCUUGGCCCUUUGAGUCUUCCCUACCAUUCCAUCGUGGCUGAUGUCUCUCUAAACCCCAUUUUCCUGCCUUCUCCCCAUAACCUUUGACACACUGACUAGUCAAGAACCCUGUAACCAAUAUACCCAGUGACUUGACGACUGCAGCCCUGGUGUGUCAAAGAAUUCCACAGAUUCACCACCCUCUGGCUAAAAAAAUUCUCGUCUUUCUUCUAAAUAGAUGUCUAUUCUGAGGCUGUGUCUUCUUGUUCUAGACCCCCCCCCCACUGUAGGAAACAUCUUCUCUAGCUAGACCUUUCAAGAUUUAGUAGAUUUAAAUGAGAACCCCCCCUCCCUACCCAUUCUGCUAAAAUCCAGCGAGUAUGGGCCCAGAGCUGUUAAAUGCUUUAGAUAGCUUUUUGUUCUGAAGAUCAUUCUUGUAAGGACGGGUCUCCUCUUGAGACGUGGACUGUUUAUUCCCCUCCAUGGAUGCUGCCUGACUUGCUGAGUUCUUCCAGCAUCUUGUGUGUGGCUCAAGAUUUUCCAAUAUUUGCAGAAUCUUGUGUGUGUGUUUGAUUUCCAAGAGCAGGGUCGCCCUCUUAAAAGUGAGAGGAUGACUUCCUGAGGGUUUCAUCGCCUCCCUGUUAAUCCGCAGGGGUCGGUGGUGUGUUAACACAGAACAUUACGUGUGAAGCACUGCCCUACCUGGGUACAGUUCCCUCUCCUCCACCCUCCCCCUUUAGAUCACCUCUGUCGAGUGAAAACUGGACGCCUUUACAGUCUUGCUUGGUGUUAGUCAUUAGAGCGUGGCUUUGUAGACGAACUGACCAAUUUUUUUAAAAGUAACGUCUCGAGAGAGGUCUCUUCAAAAAAAAAACUUACAAAAAUAUUAGUCGAGUAAUUUUAACUGGUGUAGUAUCAAAUUUCCUGUAUCAAAAAUUUGUAUUAUAUUUUCCUAAAUGUUAUCUAAACCGUGCUUGUUGGGGAGAGCAGGGAUGGUGGAGAGGGGUGGAUGGGGUAAGGAAGGGGUGGUUUGCCUCCAGACCAGAGACUCUCUCUGCCAUUGUCACGUGGUGCCUUAGUGACUGUUCCUCAGGGACCCCUGUCGGUCUCAGGAUGCUGCCACUAAGCUAGCUUCCCCCACACCCCCUGACUUCCCCGAGCCCCUUGACCACUUCAGAAACCGAUGAGAAGAACUUCUUGGCAGCUCUCGACCUCAUUUUUGCACUCUCUAGCCGACUGCUGACCACCCUGCAACCCCAGGUGGUUUCUGGCUGGGGGCUCGCCCCUCGAGCCCCCUCCCAGUGGGAACAGUCGGUGGCUAGAACAUGGCAGCUGUAUUUUGGAAACAAAAAAAAGCCUUUUUAAAAAGAAGUAACAAAUAUAGUGUAUGCUAUUAUAAUAUGGUGUUAUUACUGGACCAGUAAUUAAAGAACACACUAUCAAACCCCUGGCGGAGGGGUCAGACAGUGCUUCGUAUUGGACAGACAGACUGCCAGAUUUACUGCAGUUUUUGUUUUGAAGAUUAUGUUGAGUUUAGUUUUGUUCUCUCUCUCUCUCUGUCUGUCAGUCUUGUAAACCAUCCAUUUCUGAACCACAAAAGCAAUAGAGGUUUUACCUUCAUUAUUCUGGCGACUGUUAUUAGGAUCAAAUUUGCCAUCCGUCCCUUUAUUCACUAGAUAAUGGGCUGAUCAGAUCAAACGGGAGAUGCGCACGCACAGCUACACAGACACACAGACACAGACACACACAUAUAUACAGAGAGAGACACAUACACACACACACACACCUGUUUGCUGAGGGUGAAACAACUCUGGCACAGAACCUCCAGCAUCCUGGGACAGAUGCAGGGCACUUACUGAGCGAGGGUUUCACCACAAGGCAGGCUCACUGAGGAGAGGUGGUGGUUGCGGAGAGGAGGGACUUGUGCUGGGAGGUGAGGGUUGUUGGUUUCCUGAAGAUUUGUGCCCUCAGAAGUUUCCUGUUCUGAACGGGAUGAAAACAUUAACUGCUUUUUCCCCUCCCACCCCGACCUUCCCCAUUCCA